GAUAAUAAAAACAUUAAAAAAGUUUAUAACGGCAAGUCAACCACUUGUAAAUUUGUAUGGUUGGUAGGAGCUGCCGUUCGCCGCUUUUGCUCCCAAGAGAUUCCAGGGCUAUGCUCUUGCUAUAUGCUUGCUUGGCCCCCAUGAAAAUGAAACUCAUCCUUAGAUAAAAAAAAGAAAACCCAUCAAUUAAACUUCUUUAAAAAAAAUAAAAUCCCAGUUCCUUAUUUCAGAAACUAUUAAUAAUUCCUUCUUCUUCUUUCUGUUUUAGCUCAAUAUAUCCAACGCAGCAGCAGCAGCAGCAGCAGCAAUGGAUAGACGCCGCAGAAAGCAACACAAGCGUUGCUCUGAAGAGGUUUGCAGUAUUGAAUGGGAGUUCAUAAAUAUGUCCGACCAAGAAGAAGAUCUCAUUUAUAGAAUGUACAAGCUUGUCGGAGACAGGUGGGCUUUGAUCGCUGGUCGAAUUCCAGGUCGGAAAGCGGAAGAGAUAGAGAGGUUUUGGAUAAUGAGGCAUGGUGAAGUGUUUGCCAGUAGACGGAAAGAAAUCAAGUUGUCCAACUCUUAAUUAUAUGGAUAACACAGUACAGUGAUGUAACAUGAAUCUACCCAGAAAUAUGAGAAUGGUAGGUUUGACAAAGCUUGUUUAACUUGUUGGAGUUGGGUUAGAUAGAUGAUGGAUCCACCACUCUAAAGUUUUAAGAUUGUUAUCAUGAUAGAAAAUCAAUUUUUGUGAUUAUAGCGGUUAUUAUUUUUAUCAUAAUUAAUUUAUACUUUUUUAUAUUUA